UAUAACUUGAUUAUAUUAUCUUUUAUUAUAAAUUCUAGACGAAUAUAAUAUUUAUACAUAUCAUAUAAGUAAUAAAUAAUUUAUGCAAUAGUUUUAAAAAUUUGUGUGAAUCAUUUCUUCGUAAUGAAUUCUGCAACUAAGGUUGGUGAAAUAUUUACAGCUGCUGGAUCGGCAUUCACCAAAUUGGGUGAGUUAACUAUGCAGUUACAUCCAACCUCUGAUUCACCUGCAGGUAAGUGGACAGAUGAAGAAAUUGAGAUGCUUCGGUCAACAAUAGUCAGAUUUAAAGAUGAGCUAACAGUUAUAAGUCAACACAUCAAAUCUAGAACUGUAUCACAAAUUAGAAGUACUUUAAAGAAAAAAGCUUUUGAAGAUGCCGGUAUUCCUGUGCGACAAAAUUCAAAUUCCCAAUCGCAAGCAAAUAAUUCUCAAAGUCAAAGUGUGAUGGGAAAAUCAUCAGAGGUUACUCUUAAUAUGCUUAAUGCACAAGAAAGUGAAGUAGAUGUUGAAGGAAUACAUACUGAUGUUAAAUUAGAAUUCGAGAAUACAACAGAAGAAGUAACAGGCUGA